ACCGGGCCCCGCCCCGUUAAAGGGGCGAUGGGCUCCCGGCGCGGCGGGAAGCUGAGCGUUCCUUCUCCCGUCCGGCUGCCGCCGUCCCUUCCCGCCGCCCUCCGCCUUCAUCUCCGCGCCGCCACCGAGCGGGAGAGCGCGGCCAGGGGAGCCGCCAGCAAAGAUGCUGAGCUUUUUCCGCCGCACGCUGGGACGCCGGUCCAUGCGUAAGCAUGCGGAGAAGGAAAGGCUGAGAGAGGCCCAAAGGGCUGCAACCCACAUCCCUGCAGCUGGGGACGCCAAAUCCAUCAUCACCUGCCGAGUGGCGCUGCUGGACGGGACAGAUGUCAGCGUGGACUUACCGAAAAAAGCCAAAGGCCAGCUCCUAUUUGAGCAAAUCAUGUAUCAUCUGGACCUUAUUGAAAGCGACUACUUUGGAUUAAGGUUCAUGGAUUCAGCACAAGUGGCACAUUGGCUGGACAACACCAAAAGCAUUAAAAAGCAAGUUAAAAUUGGCCCCCCGUAUUGUCUGCAUUUUCGUGUAAAGUUUUACUCAUCAGAGCCCAACAAUCUACGUGAAGAGCUAACAAGGUAUUUAUUUGUUCUGCAGCUGAAACUGGAUAUUCUUAGUGGAAAAUUGGAAUGUCCUUUUGACACCGCUGUCCAGUUGGCAGCUUAUAACAUGCAAGCUGAACUUGGAGACUAUGAUCCUGCUGAACACGUCCCUGAGCUGGUGUCUGAGUUCAGGUUUGUUCCCACUCAGACUGAAGAGAUGGAAUUAGCUGUUUUUGAGAAGUGGAAGGAAUGCAGGGGCCAAACACCAGCACAGGCUGAAACAAACUACUUAAACAAAGCUAAGUGGCUGGAAAUGUAUGGUGUAGACAUGCACAUAGUCAAGGCAAGAGAUGGCAAUGAUUACAGCCUGGGACUAACACCUACAGGGGUUCUUGUCUUUGAAGGAGACACAAAGAUUGGUUUGUUUUUCUGGCCAAAGAUAACAAGGCUUGACUUCAAGAAGAACAAACUCACUCUGGUUGUUGUUGAAGAUGAUGAACAGGGAAAGGAGCAGGAGCACACUUUUGUCUUUAGACUGGAUCACCCCAAAGCCUGCAAACACUUGUGGAAAUGUGCAGUGGAGCACCACGCCUUCUUCCGCCUGCGGGGGCCUGUCCAGAAAAGCUCCAGUCGCUCUGGCUUCAUUCGCCUGGGGUCUCGCUUCCGAUACAGUGGGAAAACAGAAUAUCAAACCACAAAGACCAACAAAGCCAGGAGAUCAGCAUCCUUUGAAAGAAGGCCCAGCAAGAGAUACUCAAGACGAACCCUGCAAAUGAAAGCAUAUACUGCUAAACUGGAAGAAACAAGUGCUGCAAACAAUGCUGUUAUCAGCCAAACUAAUGGAUCACAAAACUGGAAUGCAAAGCCAAACCUACCUGUCCUAACAGCGGUUCCUUCUGCGCCAGUCUUAGUGGAAAUAGAAAACCUCCCAAGGAGCCCAGGAGCCAGCCAGCAAGAUAAGAAGUGCAUACCUCUUGUUGAUUUGCUAGACAGCACAGAGUUGCCAGAAACUUGUGUGGAUGAUGCCAUGGGCCGUCCAGUUGUUGGCUUGGCAACAGGAGAUUCAGAAGAGGCUGUUAGCUGCCCUCCUCCUGGCACGAAGGAAAUGGCUGCAGACAAAGCAGACUCUGAUCCAUUUGAAGACACAUUCCUAAAGCAGAAGCAGCUGGAGACAGAGCACAGCAGCCCCGUGCCAACUGAGCGUCCCAACAUAAACAUAAACGUGCAGGAUGAAGUGGUGAAGUUGACAGAUAAAUGUCUUAACAAUGCAAUCGAGAGCCCAAUCGUAGCAGCAAAGUGGCUUCCAGCAGAUCUCAAAAGCAAUAUCCUGAAGGCCCAGGCAGAAGCAGGACACAAGGCUGGAAAAGAUGACAGCAUGACAGGUGUCAAGAAUUCCAAUAUUCAGGAGGCUGCUGCCAGGAACCUUAUCCUGUCAGGCAAAUCACAGAGCAGUCCCCCAGCGACCAGUCCAGUAUUCCAAGAUCCAAGAGAGCUGCUGAGAGCCAUCCCUGCUUCAAACACCUUUGUUCUUAAUACCUUGAAUGAGGACAGUGCUGACUCUAACCAUGAGGACCUGCUAAUUCCAGCUAAUCUGGCUCCAACUGAGGAGGCUGCUGUUUCAAAGAGCACUCCAGAUGACCAGGACGUUUCCUUAACAUCACUGACAGAGAAUCUAAUUGACUUUACAGAAGCCACACCUCGGGCAUCUUCUCAGCCCAUUGUAACACCGAGGUGGAUAGUGCCAACCGGACUGAUUUCCAACGGGCCUUUGGGAAAUAAUGUUGCCUUGUCUUUGAAGGCAGUGAAAGGCAGCACGGAGACCCUGAUGUCCUCAGCUGGAUUGACACCAUCCCAGCAGGCACCCGAAGUGAGCCCAGUUACUGAGGAUGCUACAAUAAGAACAAAAUGUUUACUCACCACUGAACUCUAGAAGAAGGAGUCUCUGAAACUCUCACCUUGUAAAAACUCAAAUCUUCUAACAUAUCUCCAUGGGAUCCUUCCAAAAGACUUGCUUGGGAUCAAACUUGUGCUGAACUGGAGUCAGCCAGCCAGCUGGUUUGCCAGGAUCCAGGAAGACACUUCGGCAUUUUUCACAAUCUAACUGGAACUGCAGCCUGAACUGGGAUAUAAAACCACGUGCACCAAAAGAUCCUUUUGAUCUUCUCCUUCAGGAGAAGCGAAAUGUCACACUGGAGCUGGUUCUGAGCUGAGGAAAAGAAAACAGUUGUGUUCUGCUCGUGCUGGGUUAAUUGCUCCUUACCCUGAGCUGGCUGUGGUGCUGGAAGGUGCUGCAGAGCUGUGGGCUGUGAGCACAGAGCCCUGCUGGCUGUGGAGUAAUGAACCUCCAGGGAUGAGGAGACCUCGCGGGGCCACCUCAUGGCCAUGCCCUGCACGGGGCUCUCCAUGGUGGUCACUGUCCCUCCCGUGCAGCCAAGAACGUUUUCUUCUGUGUGAUUAUUCUCUCUGUUUUUCCUUCGUGUUACCAACACAUACUCUCCUUUUUGGCCUUAACCCCCUUAUAAUAAUCCUUGCACACCUUAUGACAGUACCUGCAAAGCCUGACUGUUUAGUCCAUCAGUGACCAGCUGUGUAGGCUGGAUUUGAGCUGCUGCUCACUGCAACCAGGAAAAUGCAAAUUACCUGCCAAACAGUUGUAGUAUUAGCAGAAUGCAUAUUAUACUGAUAAUUUCAUUUGCUACAUGAUUCAAAUACAUGCAUUUUAGACUAGAGAUCUGUAUGUUUUAAAAGCCAAAGCGGUGAAGGUGUUGAGUGCAGCUUCUUUCAGGAACUGCUUAUUGAUUAGUAUUGUUGUCUUCUAGGACUAGAAAGGAAAACAGUUUUCUUGUUUCUCUUCAUGCUGUUUCUGGGUGUUUUUUCCAGACACUGUGCUUAAGGAAUACUUACCAGGUAUUUUUGCAGCAUGAGGAUACAACUAGAUCAGUUUUCAAUACCACUUUGAAUCCUGUUCCAAGUGUCAUCUAAUUGUUGUAUGUGGAACAAAUAACAGAAAGACUGGGGUGAAAAUAGGAAAAAAGGAUGAAAAAUUCCUGUAAGCAAUUCACGUCUCUUUAGAAGGAAGGUGAGAGCACACUGCACAGCGAGGGGAGGGUUUUGGGUGCUCAGGUGAAGUUUGGGGUACAGUGCAUACAGUUCAGAGAUCAUUUGAGCUCUGGGAAGCAGUAUCAUCACAUGGACCCUGGCGAUAUAGCCUGUGAAAACAGUAAUGCAGAGUCAGAGGGGAGGAGAAACAAAGGUGAUUAAUCCCACAUCUAACAGGGAAGCACAGGUGAAACAACUGUGAUCUUUCUUUCUGAGGAAGAGGUUUGAACAUAUGACUGGGGUUGGAGGGCAUUUUCUGCAUAGUGCUGCUGUUUGUAGAUACUUACAUGCAUGUGGGUGUUACAAACAAACUUAAAUGUGAAAAUUAGUUCUGGAUUCUGCAUGCACAACUUCAUUUCUGCCCACUGGCUGUGUGCACGUGUCUCAGUGUAAACAAAAUUUGGGACCAAACCACUAUGGGUUGUGCAAGUGAGCUGGGCCCAGCGAGGCUGCUGCGUUCAGACCAAGGUGUUCGUGCUGCUGUUGCUCUCAUGCUCUUCUUUGCAAGAUGCUGAAUUCAUGUUGAGGGAGAAGCCACAUGAUUUUAUAUGGCCCACUGCCACAUCUCAAAACCCCUGAGACCUUAAUAGAGGAAUGUAGGGACCAGAGAAAGCUUGUAGGACUGACCUAGCAGUGACUCUGCAGGCGGUGAUUUGCAGCCAUUGCCUCAGGAAUUUGCCAGGAUUUCAGGAUUAGUGGCAGGUGCUGCAGGUGCCUCUCCAGCCAGCAGCAGAGCAGCACAUGGGCAGGUCCUGCUCCCAGCCCUUGGGCUCUCUCAUUGCUACUUCCAGUUGAGUAUUGGCUUAUUUUAUUCUUUUACAUCUCAGCCUUACUUAUUAAAACAUAGAAGAUUCCUGAUUUGAAUAUCAAAUGUCUUAGUCUGGAUUAAUAAUGCAGUUGCCAGAAAAGUUCCUGCAGGAAAAGGGAAGCAAUGGCUGCAACAGUCUGCUUUCUGCACAAAGCCAGGACUGUGUGUGGAAACUUGGCACUUGCUAUUCAUCUGUUUGCUCAGCAGCUGAGCUGGCAUUCGCCAGCUACAUGUGUUGGGUUUGUAAAUAGACAGAAUGCAGUAGCAUUUUCUUAGGCAUGUUUGAUAUUUGGCUCUUCCCGUUGGGUUCAGGAGCUCUGCGAACUGUCAGCUUGAAUCCCUCCCAAAACUGGAAUAACAGAAGUUUACAGUUUUCCAGCACUGCAUGUUGAAUACCAUCCUUAGAUUCCUCCAAGCCAUCACAGCAAAUAACAAGUAAAUAGUGUGUGAUGAGUGUGUGCCCUAAAAUCUAAAUGGUUCCAAAUAACCAACUGUUCUUUCAGCAUGGUCAGGAUAGCAGUGUUUGGAGGGAACUGUAAUUAUACAUGCAGAGAAACUUCAAAGGGGCGAGGCUUUCCUCAAUUUUCAGAGGACUAAUAUUUGAAAUUUCUCAUAAAAAUGCAAAUAUUUCAACUGGUAAAUUGGGAACUUGCAAUGUCUAAUAGAUCUGGGGCUACAAACCCAACUCUUCCCAGCAAAAUCUGAUACUUGGAGCAACUAUUCACUCAAUUUACCUUGAUGUAGAUUAUCUAAUCAAAUCACUGCUUAUGUAGGGAGCCUGGCGAGACCAAGGUGACACAGGUUUGUGAUCUGAACAUCCUGCAGUUUGGCAUCACUGUUCUGGUUUGCAGCUAGAAAUACUGUGUUACAACAUGACUGCCUAACAGGUAAUACAGCAUUCCUCAUGACCUGCAUUUUAUCAGACACAAAUAGGGCUAAUAGUUCCUACAGUUAGUGUUAAAAAGUAUCACUUAAUGCCUGUGUGCUACUGAGAUAAAAGGAUUUUCCUACUAUUGUUAUGCUAUUGAUUGAUUGGCUCUAGGGUUAAGAAUGUUCUUAAAGUCUAGUUUUUGGUAUUUAUUUAAAGAGAUUUAUAAAUAAAGCUUUUGUGUGAAUCUGGCGUCAGGAUGUUGGCAGGUCUGCCAACCACUGAAAAACUAUAAGAGUUGACAGGAAUGAAUGCUGAGUGAUUGCAUCUGAAAGUAAAAGUGAUUUUACUCCAGUCACAUUCUGUGAUUGUAGUAAAAGGUUUUAUAGAAACCUUGGUGUUUAUAAUAGUAUCCCUGUCUUACCUCAAACUGAUUAACCCGAGAGAGAUGCAUUUCAGUCUCACCGAUUUAAGACCAUCAGGGUCUGCAUGUGCUGUGUGCAUUCACAGACUUGGGAAAUGACAUUAAAAUGUAGGAGUUGAGGCUUUCUUACACCAAAAUUAAGGGAAUCUCUUCUUUAAUUCAGUGGUAAUAGAGGUUAAUAUUAGGUAAGUUACAGGACAUAAAUUACCUGCUUUCCUGUUACUCAGUCAUGGUUAAUGAAUUAGCUUGAAUGUAUUUGACUUCAAACUUAAAUUUUUCUACUUUGUCAAAGACAGCUAUGUAAGACAAUUUUGGACAAUUUUUUGGACACAACUUCAGCAAGAAAAUUUGCAGCCCUGUUAGAGCAGCUCAGGUGAGCAGUGCAGCUAUGUGUGGGUCUCUGUACAAGCUGUUUGCUUUCCCUUUGUCUGCACCCUGCUCCUUCCUUCUGCUUUCAUGAAGCAUGUUGGGAUGAGCGUGUCCUUCACAAGCAGCACUGGAUGUAUUUUUCACAUUGUGAAUAUAUUCUGGUACAACCCAAAUCUACUGGUGAAGUGAUAGCAGCUAGCAGCCAGCUAGCAUUUAAAGCUCUAUCUGGGCACAUAGUGUUUCUGAGUUUAGGAAGCUGUAGUAUCUAUAUACAUACAUAUAUAUAUAUGUAGCUGUUAGACACUGUAAUGUCACAGCUUUCAAAUGCAGCUGGACAAUUAUAACUUUUCAACCAGAAGAUAGACCAAGAUGUACUAAUGGCCUUUCAGUGACAGAGGUGUGAUCUGGGUGUGUUUGCUCCAGGUGUUGGCACUGCAGACAGGAGUGCAGGUGCUCGGCACAGCCCUUAAAGCCAGGGCUCGGCUCGGUGUCACAGGCACAGCCCUUAAAGCCAGGGCACUGCCGGCAGCCCUGCCACACCCACAGGGCCAGGAGCCACAGGAUUCUCCUGAAGAAUUCACCUCCUUUUGACUGCUUGGCUUGGAAAACUCUGCUCCAUAAACACACACACCACCCCUACCUAUAUAACUGGACAAACUUAUUUUUAAAGUAUAUAAGAAUAUUUUUUUAGCUAGAUUUGUUUUGUUAAAGCCGCACUAACUACUGUAUUUUUACUUUUUAUAUGUAAAGCUUGGCAAUAGGUCUCAAUGUAUAAUUUAUUUGUUGGGUUUUUUAUAAAACAAAGUGCACCCUCUUGCUUCUGUUUCACUAUACUGGUGACGUAUGAACUGUCUUAGGUACUGCACUGAGAUCUGUAUUGAAACUGUACAUGGGAACAAGUAGAUCUGUAGUCCACUCAACCCAGUCUUGGAAUGUUUAUACUGUAGUUUUGUCUGAAAUACACCAUGUCAGUGCAAAA